AUGAACAAUUUCCAUUACUCGCUCUCUGCUGAGCAGCUUCAGAGUUUCCACGAGUGUGGAUACCUGCUGAUUCGUGAUUUCUUCACUUCUAAAGAAUCGGAGCUGUUGCGAGAAUGGGCACAAGAAGUCCAUGAUCUUCCAUGCACCCCUGGCGUGCCUUGGAUGCCCUAUGAAGAGGUUAAUUCAGAAGGCAAACGCGUGCUAUGUCGCACCGAGAACUUUGCCAACUCGCAUGUCGGAUUUGAUAGUUUCCUCCGAGGGCAACGUGCAACAAGUGUUCUACAACAGCUCGCAGGAGAGGAGAUGCUUCUCUUCAAAGAAAAGAUCAAUUACAAAUUGGCAGGAAGCGGUGGUUUUGACCCUCAUAUCGAUGCCAAUGCCUACACUCACGUUAAAAACAUCAAGCAUUUGACUAUUCUUGCAGCGGUCGAUGAAAUGAAUGCAGCCAAUGGAGGCCUGGAAGUUGUGGAUGGCAGCCAUCGCAUGGAUAUUCCUCUCGGUACCGAUCGCUGCAUUGCAUCGGAUUGGGUCGAAAGCAAUGUAUGGACACCGGCUGAGCUUGAUUCAGGUGAUAUCUUGGUAUUUGGCUCAUACCUGGCCCAUCGCAGUGGCGCCAAUAUUAGCUCGAAGGACCGGCGUGCGAUCUAUGCAACGUAUAACUGUGCCGCUGAAGGUGAUCUGCACGACCAGUACUAUUCCGAUCGUCAGAAGCUCUGGCCUGCAACACAUAUGCGGGAGAGGGGACAGUCAUAUGAAGAAGGUCGUGUACGAUAUGCCUUUGGGUCCCCUAUGUUGACCGUAGAUUCGAAGGCCAUCCCGGCCUGA